CCCUCACCUAAAUUCAUUCAUUCAUCUUCAAGCCCUUUUAAAUAUGAUCUUCAGAUGAACUCUCCUUCUUCUUCUUCUGCAGAAAACAAGACUAUCAACUCGGAAAUCUCCAAAUGGGAAAUUCCACAUCUUGUGCACCUUCAAUAAUCUGCAGCAACAAUGGGGUUAUAAAGGUCUUUAUAUUCUGCAAUGGGGAUUUACAGAUCUUCUCAAAACCAGUCAAAGCAGCGGAGCUCAUGCUGGAGAAUCCAGGCAACUUCUUAUGCGACUCAGAGAGCUUGAAAGUUGGGCAAAGAAUUGAAGGAUUAUCAACUGAUGAAGAGCUGGAAGCUUUCAAAUUUUACUUUUUACUCCCCAUGGAGCUGCUGCUGUAUUCGGUGCUGACUGAAGACGAAAUUGCAAGUUUCACAAGUAAGGCUGCCUUGGCUUUGAAGCAGAAGCAGAAGGCAAAUUAUUCUAAACAUUUUGGGAAAAUAUUUCCUGUUUCUCUGACUGAGUUUUGCCUGUUUCCAUCAUCAGAAGUGAAAACAAAAACAGAUUGUUUUUCACAACAGGCUGUUGCAGAUGAUGAUGAUCAGCCUGCAAUGGAGAGGUUCUUUAAGCAGAGAUCAUGGAAGCCUGCCUUAGAAACCGUUUUUGAACAUCCAAAUAGCUAGAAUUUUCGAGUGUAUAGUUUUUGUGAUUA